GCUCACGGGAAAAAGUCAAAGAUCGCAGAGGAGUCAUGUUUGGAGAUGUGGGGAGUUAAAAAAUAAAUUAGUUUUGUGUUUGUUUUUAAGUUCAGAUAAGCAGCAUGGCGCCUGUCAAGGCCUACGUGGUGAAAUGACAACAAGGCCUGUAUUUCUAGUCUUUGCAGAGGGAGAGACUUUGGAGAGUUUUGACUACACAGAGUUGGUGUUUACAGCAGACUGAGAUGGCAGAGACAUGUGCUCCCUGGGGUUGACAGAAACGAAACAUGAUGUGCUCUGCAGCUGCAACUGCGUUUUCCUCCAGCAGAUGACACUAGUGGGUCAGUGAUGCCACAAUUCACUGCAGGCAACUCAUUGCUAUAAGAGAUGCAACUGUAGAACUCUGUUCCAGAAAUAACACAACUUUUAUUAAACCUGUAUCCAGUCAUGAAAACAAUAUCUCUAAAUGGUUUGUAGCUGGGCAACUUUUGAUUAGAACCUGAGGGUUUUGCAUAUACUGUGGGUUCAUAGAUGAAAUAUGACUCAUAUAAGGCUUAACAUUUUACACUCCAUAACAAUGAAUUGAGAAAAAAACAUAAAAUCAUGACACUUUAAUUGGUCUUAUAUAACAGUUUCAUAAAUUGGUCUAAAUUCAUUUUAAAGCAGGUCCAUAUGAAGAGGUAUGCAGACCCACUGCUGCAUAGUUGUAAAAACCUACUGUUAUAUUAAGCAUUUCUUUUAUUUAUUUAUUUGUUUUACCAUGCUGUCUAACGGAUUUAGCAUGUGUAAAAGCUUAAUGGUGCAGGAUUGAUCCAUCAGUUUGUAGAGAAGGGCAUGUAUCUACUUUCUUGCUUCAUAUGGAGACUUUGACGCUCAGUUUAAGAGCCCUGCUUGGGGAAAACCUCCUGCAACAACUAAAUAAUCAGCACCUGACCAUCUGGUAGAUCUCCAUGUAGAUCCAUCUUCAGUGAUUUUUUUUUUCUUUCAAAAUACACCAUAAAUAUUUAGAUGCGUGUGGUUUGUGGGUGGAUGUGGAGAAUUCGGGGGGAAUCCAUGCGGCUUCUUUCUUUUUCAAUUUGCACCAUUAAAAUAAUUUCUAACAAUGAGUAUGAGCCACAGUGUAUGCCAUCAUCAUAAUAAUCUAAUUGGGCAAUAUCUCUAAUGUGAGACACUGUUUGGGCACUGUAAAAACAUUUAUACUCUCAUAACAGUGCGUGCACCCUCCCUUCGCUCUGUCCCUCUUGACUUGGUGACAGACCUAAAAGCCUUUUGUUGCAAUCUUAGCCAAUGGAGACGGAUUACGACACCGGGCAGCUGAGAUAUAUAAAGAGCCCCUUUUUGACCGCACUUGCACAUUUUUCAGUGACACUUCUGAACAUUCACACACCUCCAUGGACUAAACUGUACAGAAGACCCACAAAACAACCAUUAUACUACAUGUGAGCGGGCUAUGCAUUCAUCAGAUAGAUAAUUUGUUAACUUUCAAUCAAAACAGACUGUACCGAGACACACUGGAACGCACUUUUUUUUUUUUUUUUUUUUUGAAAAUUUAUUUGCAAAAGCUCCUGCUGCAAAAAAAAGCAACUUCGGGGUGAUCGUAUUGGAUUAGAUGCAUGACACUGAUUCCCUGCCUUUUGAAGGAUAAGGCAAGGAGCGGCGCACAUCCGAGAGAGGGGAUAUAACGGGAUAAAGGGAGUAAAACAGACAAGAAACAGAAAGCAAAAGUUGCAUUGCCUGGUGUCCGCGCAUCGUCAUGCCGAGGUACAACUUCUUACUGUGCUUAAUGGUGCUCAUCUCCCUGGGACAGUCGGGGAGCGAUGAGCCCAAUCUGCUGCUGCCUCCCGCCAGCGAGACGCCCACGGAUGCCGGGCUGUCUCUGCUGGACGAGGACGCCGGUGCUCACGAGUGUUCCGCCUGCGUUUGGAGGGAGCAGAGCAAAGUGCUGAGACUGGAGACCAUUAAGUCCCAGAUCCUAAGCAAGCUGCGCCUGAAGCAGGCGCCCAACAUCAGCCGGGAGGUGGUCAAUCAGCUGUUGCCCAAGGCGCCUCCGCUCCAGCAGCUCCUGGACCAUCACGACUUCCAGGGAGACGCAUCGUCCCAGGAUGAGUUUAUGGAGGAGGAUGAGUACCACGCCACCACGGAGUCCGUGAUCACCAUGGCCUCUGAGCCGGAGCCGCUGGUGCAGGUGAAUGGGAAACCGAGCUGCUGCUUCUUCAAGUUCAGCCCCAAACUGAUGUUCACCAAGGUGCUGAAGGCCCAGCUGUGGGUAUACCUGCGACCACUGCAGCAGACCUCUACGGUCUACCUGCAGAUCCUCCGACUGAAGCCUGUCACAGAGCAGGGCAGCCGCCACAUCCGCAUUCGCUCCCUGAAGAUAGAGCUCAACUCCAGGGUGGGCCACUGGCAAAGUAUUGACUUUAAGCACGUGUUGCAGAACUGGUUCAAACAGCCGCACACCAACUGGGGGAUCGACAUCAACGCCUUUGAUGAGAGCGGCAAUGACCUGGCAGUUACCUCACUGCGACCUGGGGAGGAGGGGCUGCAGCCGUUCCUGGAAGUGAAGGUUCUUGAGACCACCAAACGUUCACGGAGAAACCUUGGCCUGGAUUGUGAUGAGCACUCCACUGAGUCUCGCUGCUGUCGCUACCCACUGACUGUGGAUUUCGAGGCGUUCGGCUGGGACUGGAUCAUUGCUCCCAAACGCUACAAAGCCAACUACUGCUCCGGCCAGUGCGAGUACAUGUUCAUGCAGAAAUACCCACACACCCACCUGGUGCAGCACGCCAACCCCCGAGGCUCCGCAGGGCCCUGCUGUACCCCGACCAAGAUGUCCCCCAUUAACAUGCUCUACUUCAAUGACAAGCAGCAGAUCAUUCACGGAAAGAUCCCAGGGAUGGUGGUGGAUAGAUGUGGCUGCUCUUAGGUCGCAGGGGGGAGACACACACUUGUGUACAGCCACCAUUGCAUCAAACCACCCAAAACCCUUAUGGAGCUCUCCCCUGGCACCAGAACCCACUCCUCGGCACCAGAUUUCACUUUUGCUCAGUCACAAAAACAUCCCACUGGGUUUCCAUGUUUCCAGUAAUUGAAUUGAUUCUAACUGUAAAAAAAAAGUUAUGAAUGAAAUAUGAAUCAAAAAAAGGGACUGAGUGAUGGAAAUACAGAACAUUAUGAAUGAUGAGGUUGUACUUGUGGAGCAGCUUCAGAAAACGGUAAAUGAGACAAAACUAUGUUAUAGAGUAUGUGUUAGUUUUGUGGGUUUUUUAAGAUUUUUUUUUUUUUUUGCGUUUAUUUGUUUUAAUGGCAUCUUUGUGAAAUGUCCGAGAUAGUGGAUUGAGAUGACAGGAGACAUAAGCAUUUACAAUAUUUUUAAAGCAAUUUCAGUCCUAAGGUGAGUCGGAAAUACUUAAUUUCACCUGGUGAGAUUUGGUCCAUGAAAACAUUUGCAAGGGGGCACGAUCAGAGUUAUUUUGCAAUCCAUCACUUUAACAAAAAGAUCAAAAUCCAUGCUAAUGUGAGGAGAGUUUACCAUUAGAAAGACUCUUAGUAUGAAUCCAAAAUCUUGUUUACAGAUGUUUAGAGAUGUGCUCUAGAGAUGUUAAGUGUUGAGGAGAUCCAAAACCAAACCCAUACCCUCUAUUAAUGUAUAACACCCCAGUGUGACAUUCUCGAGUAUCUACGAAACCUUUUCACAGUUACUUUGAUCUUUUUUUAUUUGUAGUCUUGUAAAACUGAAAAAGGAAAAGGGAGAGAAGAGGUUACAACGCAUUAACUUUCAAAGUGGAUAAAUAAAGUCGGUAUAGUUAUUUCUGCCACUCUGCAAAAGUAGAUAAUACAGAUUUAGGUUUGACUUGCACACUAAACUCUGAAAACAGAACUCUAAUGUAGAUGCACUCUGAAGUCAUUCGGCACCGUCUGGGAGAGGAGGAGGGCAAGUCUUGCAGGAUGACAAGAACCUGACAGUUUCUCUUUCUUCUGUGCAACAAAGGAAAAUACACUUUACAAAUACACACCUUCAAUUUUUUUUGCAUUAAAUGUUUAAAAUAGAGAAGUAAAUGCACUGUUUCAUAACUUGAAGAGGCCUGGGACUGAGCAUGUAAUACAAACACACAGCAAAAUCCAUAACCUGAAAUAAAACACACAAGGGUGUCAGCACGCUCAAAUGUUCACUUUGCUAUAACCCUGAGUGACUUACUGAGCUGAGAAUAGCACAACACAACAAUACAGUAUGAUUACAGUAUUAUGAAUAGAAGUUUACACACACAUAUUCACAACAGUGUUCACAACUGUGUUAAAAAAAAAAAACACUGUCAAGCCAGUUCAUUCACUUUUUCUCAAUGCUAGUUUCAAAAAGAGAUCAAAUGCAAAAUCCUUUAACUGCAGUACUGUACUCAUAAAUAAUAAUAGCUUUUAUAAAUCACAACAAACCACAUAAUGUGCAAAAAUAAUAAUAAUAAUUCAAGAGAAUGUAACUCAGCCGCUGACUUAAGUUUAGAGAACAUAUUUGCAUUAUGAAAUGUCCCCACUCCACUUCAACCUCAGCUGUCUCAUCACCACCACCAUCAUCAUCACCAUUAUGGAGAAAAUAUUGUUAGUGCUUGAACACAGAGUAGAUUAGUAUGCUUGAAGUCUGUCUUUGUCUCCUGGAUGUCAAAGCAAAGAUAUCCUUUUGUUGUAAACGAAAGCACUAUGCUGUUGGAUAAAGGAAGAGCCUUCUGACAUUAUAUAUAAAUGAUAUAUGUAUAUAUUAAAAAAAGGGGUACAAAAACCUUUUUUGGGGCACUCUACCUUACCAACAAUAAAUUUUGCACUAUGGGACGUUCAUGGCGUGAGGAAGUAAAGUGUUGUUUGUGUUUUACCAAGCACAAGAGAGCUUGUACAGUAUAGGAUUUAAAAAAAAAAAAAAACUAUUCAAGCUUCUGGUGAUAAACCAUAAACUAGAGAGGUUAUUACUUCUUUUUGAUACCAUCACGCUUUCCUGACUUUUGUCUGAAGCGGGGGCCUGUCCAUACACUCACACACUUUCUAUCCAAUCUGGAACCUGGACGUACUGAACCAGCGGCCUGAAAGGCCUCCUUGCCUGCUUUGGGUGAUAAGUCAUGUGUGUAAUAAGUGUCUGGAUCAAUGAACAUAGAAUGCUUUAACUGGAAAUGGCCCGCCCACCAACUUUAAUCUGUUACCAUGUUAGAGAGACUACGUUCUUUUGACUUAAAACAAUGUGUUGACUGUCUUGCAUAGACAUGUUUUUGCCUUUGUGUGUAUUUUAAGUGAAAGCACCCAUGUAAGAAUGGGAAGAGUAUCCAGGGAUUGUUAGCCAAAGUAGAGGAUGACAUGUUGUGUGCUGUAACUUUUGUGAUCGCAGGAAUAUGCUAGAACAUUUCAAAGGGAGGGGGAAAAAAAGCUGGUUUAAGGGCAGUGGUUGGAAAUAAUUCAACUGGUCAAUUGUCUAUUUAUUAAUAUUAAUUACAAUGCAUUUCAAAGUCUGUCUACCUCACUUUAGCCUUCUAAAAGUCUUGCUUUUUUAAUUUGUCAUUGAUUAAUCUGUGCAAACAUUGAACUCAUAAGAUCUCCCCACCCCACCCCCCCAAAAAUGUAGAUGAAAACCACAGGGUCCCCUUGCUCUCAGGUUCAGAUUGAGUUAUUGACAGAGUGACUGAUGGUAGCGGCUCUGGUAAUGUGUGGUCAAAAGAAAUAAUUAGCUGUGCCCACAUCUAUGGCUUAACAAUGGUUAAAGCUGUUGAGAAGUUGCAUUUUGAAUUUUAGUGUUUGUAUACUGGUAUGUGUGAGAGCGUUUUCAUAUAAAUAUAUGAGAGUAAGAAAUCUCUAUGUAAAUACCUACCCAAAUGUUGACAUUUAUGAUGUUUUGGACAGGUUCACCGCUUCUAAUGUUUUUCUCACUUUCCCCCUUCAUUCCUCCAUUCUUUGUGUAGCUAAAAAAAAUCACCCCAACUUUGUAGUUUAAUGGUUGUGCAUAUGAAUAACUGUUCAAUUGUUAUUUUUGCCUUUUGUUGUUUAUUUACUGUCAUUUUUCUUUUGUACAAUAAAUCAUUUAUUUAGCUUA